AUGGCCGACGAAGCCGACGAGAUCAGGCGAUUGCAGGAGGCUCGCAAGGCCGCCACAGAGGGCAAGAUCGCCCUCGGCAAGGCCGGAGGCUACGACCAGGAUAUCUAUGGCGGCGCCAAGAGGAGCGACUACGUCCGCGAACUGCCCGUAGAUGUCGGCAGCUCCCGCGCCGGCGGACGCUCCGGCAACGGUUCGGACGACGACGACGGUGAUGACGACGACGAUGAUGAGGGAGGUCGCGGUGGAAGGCGUGCCAAUCCUCUGGACGCCUAUUCGGCGCCACAGCACCUGCUGCACGAGUUUGCCGACGACGACGAGGACCCGCUGCAGGGCCGCGCCGAGUCCCGGCAGACUGCGGCACGACAGAGCGACUACCACCUCCGCCGCUUCAACCGCGAUGUCAACGAGGAGGCGGCGUCCGACCCCUUUGCCAAGGAUGGCGGCGGCGAGGGCGGAUACAAGGAGGCGAUGCGGCGGGCGGAGCUCGAGCGGGAAGAGGAGCGGGUCAGGAGGAUCAUCGAGGCCAAGGAAAAGGAGGCCAAGGAGCAGCAGCAGAACGGCAAGGCGCUCGACGACGACGCCAAGCCCAUCGGCUCGGCCGCUCCCGAUGCGACGCCACGGGUGGCGAGGAAGCGCAGGUGGGACGUCGCCGCACCGGAAGCGGCGGGGACCACGGAGCAGUCCACCACCGCCGCCACCACCGCCACGCAGGCGGGGACAGAGGCGGAUGGAUGGACCGGCGAGGCGCCCGCCAAGAAGCGCAGGUCGCGCUGGGACGAGACGCCCGUCGCCGGCGGCGCUGCGCCUGGCGAGACACCGAAGCCCACCGACGGCCUGGCCAACGGUGCGGCCACCUCUGCGGCCGGAGGCGACGAUGGUGCACCGAGCAUGGUCGAAUUCAGGGACCCGAGGAACCGGUACAUGUCCGACGAGGAGCUCGACUCGAUCCUGCCGUCCGAGGGUUACAAGAUUGUCGAGCCGCCGGCCGACUACGCGCCCAUCCGGACGCCGGCGCGCAAGCUGAUGCAGACGCCCGCGCCCCUCGACGGCGGCGGCUUCACGAUGCAGGACGAGAACGCCGCCCGCGCCGGCCUCGAGGAGCUCAUCCCGGAGCUGCCCACCGACAUCCCGGGCGUGGGCCAGCUGGCCUUCUUCAAGUCCGAGGACCAGACGUUCUUCAAAAAGAUCCUGCACGAGGAGGACGAGGCGACGCUGUCGAGCGACGAGGUCAAGGAGCGCAAGAUCAUGCGCCUGCUGCUGCGCAUCAAGAACGGCACGCCCUCGACGCGCAAGACGGCGCUGCGCACCAUCACCGACCGCGCGCGCGAGUUUGGCGCCGGCCCGCUGUUUGACAAGAUCCUGCCGCUGCUCAUGGAGCGCACCCUCGAGGACCAGGAGCGCCACCUGCUCGUCAAGGUCAUUGACCGCAUCCUGUACAAGCUCGACGACCUGGUGCGCCCCUAUGUCCACCGGAUCCUCGUCGUCAUCGAGCCUCUGCUGAUCGACGAGGACUACUACGCCCGCGUCGAGGGCCGCGAGAUUAUCAGCAACCUGUCCAAGGCCGCCGGCCUGGCCCACAUGAUCAGCACGAUGCGCCCCGACAUUGACCACGUCGACGAGUACGUCCGCAACACGACGGCGCGCGCCUUUUCGGUCGUCGCGUCGGCGCUCGGCAUCCCGGCGCUGCUGCCGUUCCUCAAGGCCGUGUGCCGCUCCAAGAAGAGCUGGCAGGCGCGGCACACGGGCAUCCGGAUCGUGCAGCAGAUUGCCAUCAUGAUGGGCUGCGCGGUGCUGCCGCACCUCAAGAGCCUGGUCGACUGCGUCGAGAGGGGGCUCGAGGACGAGCAGCAAAAGGUCAAGACGAUGACGGCGCUGGCGCUGGCGGCGCUCGCCGAGGCGGCGGCGCCCUACGGCAUCGAGAGCUUCGAAAACGUGCUCAAGCCCCUGUGGCUCGGCAUCCGCCAGCACCGCGGCAAGGGCCUGGCGGCGUUCCUCAAGGCCAUCGGCUUCAUCAUCCCGCUGAUGGACUCGGACAGCACGCUCUACUUUGUCAAGGAGGUGACGCCGACGCUGAUCCGCGAGUUCCAGAGCGCCGACGAGGAGAUGAAGAAGAUUGUGCUCAAGGUGGUGAAGCAGUGCGCCGCCACCGAGGGCGUGACGGGCGCGUUCCUGCGCGACGAGAUGCUGCCCGAGUACUUCAAAAACUUCUGGGUGCGGCGGAUGGCGCUGGACCGGCGCAACUACCGCCAGGUGGUCGAGACGACCGUCGAGCUGGCGCAGAAGACGGGCGUGGCCGAGAUUGUGGGGCGGAUCGUCAACGAGCUCAAGGACGAGAGCGAGCCCUUCCGCAAGAUGGUCAUGGAGACGAUCCAAAAGGUGGUGGCCAGCCUGGGCGCGGCCGACAUCGACGAGCGGCUCGAGGUGCAGCUGAUCGACGGGCUGAUCUACGCGUUCCAGGAGCAGACGGUCGAGGACCAGGUGAUGCUCGACGGCGUCGGCACCGUCGUCAACGCGCUGGGCAUGCGCGUCAAGCCGUACCUGACCCAGAUUGUGUCGACGAUCCUGUGGCGCCUCAACAACAAGAACGCCAAGACGCGGCAGCAGGCGGCCGACCUGACGACGAAGCUGGCCGUCGUCAUCAAGCAGUGCGGCGAGGACGCGCUGCUGUCCAAGCUGGGCGUGGUGCUGUUUGAGCAGCUGGGCGAGGAGUUCCCCGAGGCGCUGGCGGCCAUCAUCAGCGCCGAGACGGCCAUCGCCAACGUGGUCGGCAUGACGGCCAUGAGCCCGCCGAUCAAGGACCUGCUGCCGCGGAUGACGCCCAUCCUGCGCAACCGGCACGAAAAGGUGCAGGAGGCGAGCAUCAACCUCAUCGGGCGGAUCGCCGACAACGGGAGCGAGUUUGUCAGCCCGCGCGAGUGGAUGCGCAUCUGCUUUGAGCUGCUCGACCUGCUCAAGGCGCACAAGAAGGCCAUCCGGCGGGCGGCCGUCAACAGCUUUGGCUACAUUGCGCGCGCCAUUGGGCCGUCGGACGUGCUCCAGGUGCUGCUGACCAACCUGCGCGUCCAGGAGCGCCAGUCGCGCGUGUGCUCGACGGUGGCCAUCGCCAUUGUGGCCGAGACGUGCGGGCCGUUUACGACGCUGCCGGCCAUCCUCAACGAGUACCGCACGCCGGAGCUCAACGUGCGCAACGGCUGCCUCAAGGCGCUCAGCUGGGUCUUCGAGUACAUUGGCGAGAUGAGCAAGGACUACGUGUACAGCGUCAUUGGGUGCCUCGACGACGCGCUGACCGACCGGGACCAGGUGCACCGGCAGACGGCGGCGAGCAUCGUCAAGCACCUUGCGCUGGGCACGGCCGGGCUGGGCCACGAGGAGAGCAUGCAGCACCUGCUCAACCUGGUGUGGCCCAACAUCUUUGAGACCAGCCCGCACGUGCUGGGCUCGGUCAUGUCGGCGAUUGAGAGCCUCGAGGUGGCGCUGGGCCCCGGGGUGCUGCUCCACCACACGCUCCAGGGCCUCUUCCACCCGGCGCGCAAGGUGCGCGAGGUCUACGUGCGCCUCUACAACACGACCUACCUGCGCUCCCAGGACGCCCUCGUCGCCUUCUACCCGGACCUCUCGGAGUUUUCAGACGACCGCAACGACUACCGCCGCCACGAGCUCUACACGUUCAUCUGA